AUGAAAGACCAGGAAACUCCAGAAAACAAAAACGUGCUGAAAUGUCGAGAACAACUGUACAGGAUGAUGAUAAGCCAACUGUUCUACGACGGAUACCAUGCAGUGGCAGUAGAACUGACCAACUUGGUGCGAGCAGACCCACCUUGUCCCCCGAGCGAUCGGUUGAUGUUGAUUUUCAAACAAGCGGAACAAAUUGAACAGUCGAGGGAGAGCAACCUAUUUGAUGAUAUUCCCUGUGGAUUGGACUUAGAGUUCGAAACGGAAGGAUCCACCCUUGCACCGGAACCGGCAUCGUAUGAGACGGCUUACGUCACUUCCCACAAGCAAGCGUGCAGGGCAGGUUGUUUUAGUGGUGAUGGUCAGCUUGUGGCUACCGGAAGCGUAGAUGCAAGUAUCAAAAUUCUGGAUGUAGACCGUAUGUUGGCCAAAUCAGCACCGGAAGACAUGGAGCCGGGACGUGAACAACAAGCCCACCCGGUCAUUCGAACACUGUACGACCACACGGACGAGGUUUCCUUCCUGGAGUUUCAUCCAAAAGAACAGAUCCUAGCGUCUGGGUCGCGCGAUCACACCGUGAAAUUGUUCGACAUAUCGAAAGCAUCGGUCAAGAAAGCGCACAAGGUGCUGAGCGAUUGUGUUCCAGUGCGUUGUAUAGCAUUCCAUCCGACCGGUGAUUACAUGGCUGUUGGAACAGAUCAUAACGUUCUGCGAGUGUAUGAUGUACAAACAGCACAAUGCUUUGUAAGCGCUAUCCCUGCUCAGCAGCAUAACAGUGCGAUAACGUGUGUAAAAUACGCUGUCAAUGCAAAGGUGUAUGCAACUGGAAGCAUGGACGGUUCCAUUAAACUUUGGGACGGCGUCAGCGGCAGAUGCAUCAACACGUUCACACACGCUCACGAUGGCGCAGAAAUCUGUUCGGUUGUAUUUACGAAAAAUGGCAAAUAUUUGCUGACAUCCGGACAGGACUCGUUGGUAAAACUGUGGGAACUUAGCACGAGCCGCUGCCUGAUUGCAUAUACAGGUGCAGGAACGACAGGCAAGCAAGAACAUCAGACUCAGGCCAUCUUUAAUCACACCGAAGACUACGUCCUCUUUCCGGAUGAAGCGACUACUUCGUUGUGUGCCUGGAACUCGAGAAAUGCAUCCCGCUGUCAUCUAAUGUCGUUGGGGCAUAACGGACCGGUGCGGCACAUCGUUCAUUCUCCAACCCAUUCUGCGUUUCUGACUUGCUCCGACGAUUACCGUGCACGUUUUUGGGUUCGAAGAACAACAUCCCAUUAAUUUUUCCAAUACCCGACAACCCGUAACAUUAGAUUGUGGAUUAUAAUAUUUUACUUGGUUCUACUC